AUGGAACGCAGCGUAGAGAAUGCGGACAUAGAAGUAGCGUGUGAAGCGGGCAAGAGCGAGGGAAAAGAGCACGGGGAUACAUGGUCCGGUGCAGAUAUGGGUAUAUGCGAGCUAGCGUAUAUAGCGUUACGUUUUAAACAUGGAAUUCAAUUAGACGGAACCCGUAUGAGCCAAGAGGGCAUGGACGAACAGAAGAAGAAAAUACACAACUAUAUGAGGUGUAUUCUAGUAAAUAUAUUCAUGAAGAAAAUAAUGGGCAUGAAGUGUUUAGACCGACCUGGUGGUAAAUUUGCAUUCGGUCUUGUGGGAGGUGAAAUAACUGACGUCGAGGGGAAACCGUUCGGUAAUGUUGCAUGCGAGUGGCACGAUGCUGGAAAAGGAGGAGAUGGAAGUGGAAGAGGUGCAAAGGACAGAGAUUUGUGGGAAGUAAUGAAAAGAUGGAAUGACCGGAAUCAGAUGAACAUAGGGGAUGGGGAUUGGGGCGCAUUAGGGAAAGCAUGUAAAGUGGAAAAACGAGGACGUGCGGAAGUAACGGAACAGGAGGCAGUGAAGAACAAAGUGCACGAAGAGAUAAAGAAUGUAGAGGACGAUUUAGAACAGAAGGUGCCGGAAAUAAUACAGGCCGUGAAAACAUGUACUGAACGGGAUAAGGAUUGUGUAAAGAACUUAUUAAAGAAAAAGCAGCAGGAAGAGAUGAAGAAGGGGCAGGACCCCUCUUCAACAGCUUCACCAGGUGAAGUUCAUAUACCCGCGAGGCCACCACCACCUCCUCCACCAAGGAGACCAUCUACACCAAGACAAGGUCCGACGGGAGUAGGAUCACAGGGCGAUGGAACCGGGAAAGGGCGACGACCACGCCCUGGAACAGCACCAGGCAAGAGACCAAGACCACGGCCUCGGCCACCACCAACGGACUCAGCACCAUCGUCACCGUUACCGACACCCGGCGACGGCAAACCACCCGGCAGCGGAGGAGCAGAACCUGCCAAACCAGUAGCGGCGACCCUGGCAUCACCACCGUCAUCGGGAAGUGGCACGACGUCAACGACGACGACAUCAUCUGGUGGUGGUGGUGGUAAGGCUGGUUACGGUGCUGCCGAAGGAGGAGAGAAGGGGAAGAAGGCCGGAACGGACGACGAUUGUGACUGGAAGAGCAUAGAGGACGAGAAGAGGACGCAAGUGUACGUGCUGCGUAAUUAUGAUGAACAGCAACUGCAAAACAUGAAGGAUGUGUUGCAGCACUUUAUGGAUUAUAUGGCAAAGAAGGACUAUAUCAUGGAUGCCAUGGGUGCAAACUGUGAAAAUUCUGGUUGGGAUGAUAUAGACCAAACAUCAACAUAUUACACGGGUCAGACGGUAGCGGACAUGAUAAGAUGCCGCCUGGUGUCAGGAGCGCUGUGGUUUGCCAACGGUGAUAGCAUAGCAGGGAAAAGCAGAGAUAUGGAUGAAACGCAGAACAGGCUAAGAUGCGAGCUAGUGAAUGCAUUCGGGUACAUACUACACCACAAGUAUUGUGAAAAUAAGACACCGUGGAAAAGAGGUAUAAAGUAUGCCUGGAAAACGGUAAAAGCAAUGGCUGGGGAGGGAGGAAUAAUGGCAAAUGCACAAGGUCCAGUUAUGACGGGUGACUGUACAGAAUGUGGAUAUAAAGUUACACACGGUUCCGUGAGAGCAGUAGAUGGAGAUAUGGUAAACCUAUUAAUAACUGAAGGAAGAAUAAUGGACAAGAUAGGAGAAAUGGAGAGGACGCAGGACUGCAGUGUGAAGUGGACUGAGUAUAAGUCGCGGCCAGGGGCGAGUGAUGGCAAGGGAAGAGUGGACUGGAAGAAAAUCCCUGAAGUAAAACAAGAGGAAAAGAAGAUAAUACAGAUAACGAAGGAGGCAGUUGAAGAAGUUAAAAACAAAAUAGACGAACAACUUAAAACAAAAGCAAAGGAAGGUAAGAACACGACGUACCGGAGUAGUAACAACACGGUGCAUGGGAACACGGAGAAUAUGACUAGUAACAACACGACAACGACGGAGGCGGCACCGAAGACAGAGGGGUCCGGGGAAGACAAGACAAAGGACAAGGGGAAGGCAACAAAACCUGGGGGAUCUCAGAUAACAAAACCGUCAAGCACACCAUCACCAUCAGCGCCAGGGGAACUAGGCAGAGCAGACACAACAGGGUCGGCAGACGCAACCACUGUUACACCUGGGCAACCACAACCACCGGCAUCCCCACCCGCGCCAGGGGCAGCAGGAACCCAACCUGAUACCGGUGCUGCAACACCCAAGGGACCACAGGAACCAUCAGGUGAGCAAAAGUGUAAGGCGACUCUGCAUAACCAUCAACUCACCACCGGACGUAUUGUUAUAACUCCAACCUGCACGCCCGAUGAAGCUUUAGGAGGCGCAAACCACGUCCACGAUGCUAGUGCUAAUGGUGGCAGUGCUACAGAGCACACGACAUCUAAGGACGGCCACGGUUCAUCAGCGGUUGUAGGAGCAGCACCCGCCGCACCGGAAUCCCAGCCACUUACCCCUGUCUCCACUAUGGGGCAGGAUCCAGACAAGGGUUCGACGCCGGAUGUGGCUACUACAAUAUCAUCAUCAACACCAGGGGAACCACCAACACAGACAGAUCCCGUAGAUGCAGUACCAGGUUCACAAGCACCGGUACAUUCUGUGGACGACAGCACUGCGGACCCCGCUGGUCAGGGCGUCGCCGUCGGUAACGAUGACCCCCCUCCUCUCAAUCCACCUAAACCAAAACCGAACCCGAACCCAAAUCAAUCGGGUAGUAGCGGCGGCGGCGGCCAAGGUAGCGAGGUAAGUGUUCCUACCAAUAAUCAGGCUGAUCCGAAUACACAACAAAAUGCGGGCAGUGGACAAGGCGACUUCACUUUAGAAAUAGCACUUCCAACAGGAGGGGGCGAUGUGGGCGGAUCAUAUGGAACAGGUCCAACACCAGGUCCAAAGGGGAACCCUCCGCACAAUGUGCAACACGAUGGCCCCUUCUUCCCCGACCUAACCGCCGAUAUCCUUACCGCCACUACUCCCGUACUCUUCUUCCUGUCCGCCGUCACCGUCGCCGUCGUUAGUUAUUCCCGUUGGAAGGCGAGUACACUAGGCACAUCCUCGGGUAAUGGCACAAGUCAAUAUGGCACGGUAGAUGCCAGUACAGUUGGAACGACUACAGUGUCGUUGAGUGAUGCAACGGAUGUAGGGAAACGGGGCACACGUAAUUUUUACGGUGGUCGCGUGAUGGGUAGUCCUGCGAAGAACACCGUGUUCCAUAACAUGCGUAGGAAGUUAAAAACCAAGGUGCACGUCAAGAAUCCACGACCUGUACAGAGGAAGUCACAGGCGCUCAUCUAUUUGGGCGUUCUAUUCUGGUUCUGCUACUCAAAGAAAGGAAGAAAUAUAUUAAGGGAAGCUUGGACGUGCGAAACAUUCCCAGAAAAAGACAAGAACCUAGAGGUACCCGGGAAACAAGAGGUACGGAGGGAACCAGAAGCACUCGCCAAGCAGAGGGCACCGGAAAAACUAAGAGUACCCGGGAAGCAGAAGACAUCUGGGAAACUGAAGGUACCCUGGAAAAUAAAAUUACCUAGGAAAGCAUAA